AGUGAGGUUAUGUUUAGUUUCCAAAGUGGCUUAAAAUCGUUAAAAUGGCCCAGAAAGUGUCCCCUGACAUGUUCAGGAGCGUCUUCAAGUCGAUCGACAAGGACGUCUUGCGUUGGUUUCCGGGACACAUGGGGCGCGGUCUCAAACAAAUGCAACACAAACUUCGCUCAAUCGACUGUAUUAUUGAGGUCCACGACGCGAGGAUCCCCAUUUCGGGGCGCAACACCGACUUCAAAUACACAAUCAGUGGUGUCAAGCCCCACAUUCUAGUCCUAAACAAAGUAGAUUUGAUCGAUAAAAAAUUGAUCCCUUCGAUAACAAAUCGUGUAAAAAACGAGUUUGAACACGUCAUUUUCACAAAUUGCAAGGACCAGCACUGUAAAGGAGUGAGAAAAGUCUUCCCUCUGGCCCAAAAUCUCAUAAAAAGCUCUGAUAGGUUCAACAGGAGCGAGGCCGAGGACCAGUGUGUGAUGAUAAUUGGGGUCCCAAAUGUGGGCAAGUCGUCGCUGAUAAACGCCCUAAGAGUGCGCAAUUUGCACAAGGGGGGCGCCUCACCGGUCGGGGCAGCCCCGGGAAUUACCCGAAGCGUUUUAACGAGGAUUAAAAUGAGUGAGGAUCCGCUGUGCUACAUGUUGGACACGCCGGGGAUUUUAACACCGAAAAUUGAGAGUACGGAAGUGGGGCUCAAGCUGGCUUUGUGUGCCACCAUUCAAGACCACUUAAUUGGGGAAACUGUCAUAGCUGAUUACUUGCUUUUCUGGUUAAAUAAAAACGGACACUACAAUUAUGUCACCUUUUUCGGACUUGAAAAAGCCACCGAUGAUAUUUUGGAAGUCUUAACACAAAUUAGCAUAAAACACAGGAAAAUGUUGAAGUUGAGAGACAAUAGUAAUAAUUAUAUAUACAGGCCGGAUUUGGACCAUGGGGCCAAAAUCAUGUUACAAGCCUUCAGGAGUGGGGCUUUAGGCAAGAUUAUGCUAGACGCAGACUUACUAUAAUUGUACAAAAUCCCAAAAUUAAUAAAUUUUAUAGU